CAGGGCUCUCGGCAUCUGUCACUGUCCCGUCCUGAACCGACAGCGGCUGGCGCGGUCCCCGAGCCGAUGGCCGGAAUCCUGCCGCUGCUGACGCUGCUGCUGACGCUGGCGCAGGCGGGCGUGGCGGGCGCCGCGGGCUCGGUGCGCCUGGCGGGCGGCCUCACGCUGGGCGGCCUGUUCCCGGUGCACGCGCGGGGCGCGGCGGGCAGAGCGUGCGGGCCGCUGAAGAAGGAGCAGGGAGUGCACAGGCUCGAGGCCAUGCUGUACGCGCUGGACCGCGUGAACGCCGACCCCGAGCUGCUGCCCGGGGUGCGCCUGGGCGCGCGGCUGCUCGACACCUGCUCGCGGGACACGUACGCGCUGGAGCAGGCGCUGAGCUUCGUGCAGGCGCUGAUCCGCGGCCGCGGCGACGGCGACGAGGCAGCCGUGCGCUGCCCAGGCGGCGUCCCCCCGGUGCGCGCCGCGCCCCCUGAGCGCGUGGUGGCUGUCGUGGGCGCCUCGGCCAGCUCCGUCUCCAUCAUGGUCGCCAACGUGCUGCGCCUGUUUGCGAUACCCCAGAUCAGCUACGCCUCCACGGCCCCUGAGCUUAGUGACUCCACACGCUAUGACUUCUUCUCCCGCGUGGUGCCACCUGACUCCUACCAGGCCCAGGCCAUGGUGGACAUCGUGCGGGCAUUGGGAUGGAACUACGUGUCCACGCUGGCCUCCGAGGGCAACUAUGGCGAGAGUGGGGUUGACGCCUUUGUGCAGAUCUCCCGAGAGGCUGGGGGGGUCUGUAUUGCCCAGUCCAUCAAGAUUCCCAGGGAGCCAAAGCCAGGAGAAUUCAAUAAGGUGAUCAGGAGACUCAUGGAGACACCAAAUGCCCGGGGCAUCAUCAUCUUUGCCAACGAGGAUGACAUCAGGAGGGUCCUGGAGGCUGCACGCCAGGCCAACCUGACCAGCUACUUCCUGUGGGUUGGCUCAGACAGCUGGGGAGCCAAGAUCUCACCCAUCCUGAACCUGGAGGACGUGGCCGUGGGAGCCAUCACCAUCCUGCCCAAGAGGGCCUCUAUUGAUGGAUUUGACCAGUACUUCAUGACUCGCUCCCUGGAGAACAACCGCCGGAACAUCUGGUUUGCUGAGUUCUGGGAAGAGAAUUUUAACUGCAAACUGACCAGCUCAGGUACCCAGUCAGACGAUUCCACCCGCAAAUGCACAGGUGAGGAACGCAUCGGCCGGGACUCUGCCUACGAGCAGGAAGGGAAGGUGCAGUUUGUGAUUGAUGCUGUGUACGCCAUUGCCCACGCCCUCCACAGCAUGCACCAGGCUCUCUGCCCCGGGCACGCAGGCCUGUGCCCGGCAAUGGAGCCCACCGACGGGCGGACACUGCUGCAGUAUAUUCGAGCUGUACGUUUCAAUGGCAGCGCAGGAACCCCUGUGAUGUUCAAUGAGAACGGGGAUGCACCCGGGCGAUACGACAUCUUCCAGUACCAGGUGACCAAUGGCAGUGCGGGCAGUGGCAGCUACCAGGCUGUGGGCCAGUGGGCGGAGACCCUCAGACUGGAUGUGGAAGCCCUGCAGUGGUCGGGAGACCCCCGAGAGGUGCCCGAGUCUCAGUGCAGCCUCCCCUGUGGGCCGGGAGAGCGGAAAAAGAUGGUGAAGGGCGUCCCCUGCUGUUGGCACUGUGAGGCCUGCGACGGGUACCGCUUCCAGGUGGACGAGUUCACUUGCGAGGCCUGCCCCGGGGACAUGAGGCCCACGCGCAACCACACGGGCUGCCGCCCCACGCCAGUGGUCCGCCUGUCCUGGUCCUCGCCCUGGGCGGCCCCGCCCCUCCUCUUGGCCGUGCUGGGCAUCAUGGCCACCACCACAGUGGUGGCCACCUUCAUGCGGCACAACAACACGCCCAUAGUCCGGGCCUCUGGCCGCGAGCUCAGUUACGUCCUCCUCACCGGCAUCUUCCUCAUCUACACGGUCACCUUCCUCAUGGUGGCUGAGCCCGGGGCGGCUGUCUGCGCUGCCCGCAGGCUCUUCCUCGGCCUGGGAACCACCCUCAGCUACUCUGCUUUGCUCACGAAGACCAACCGCAUCUACCGCAUCUUUGAGCAAGGGAAGCGCUCGGUCACGCCCCCACCCUUCAUCAGCCCCACUUCGCAGCUCGUCAUCACCUUCAGCUUCACCUCCGUGCAGGUGGUGGGAGUGAUGGCCUGGAUGGGGGCCCAGCCCCCACACAGUGUGAUUGACUAUGAAGAGCAGCGGACGGUGGAACCAGAGCAGGCCAGAGGGGUGCUCAAGUGCGACAUGUCAGAUCUCUCCCUUGUCGGCUGCCUGGGCUACAGCCUCUUGCUCAUGGUCACAUGCACGGUGUAUGCCAUCAAGGCCCGUGGCGUGCCUGAGACCUUCAAUGAGGCCAAGCCCAUUGGCUUCACCAUGUACACCACCUGCAUCAUCUGGCUGGCUUUUGUGCCUAUCUUCUUUGGCACUGCCCAGUCAGCUGAAAAGAUCUACAUCCAAACCACCACACUGACUGUGUCCUUAAGCCUGAGUGCAUCGGUGUCCCUCGGCAUGCUCUAUGUACCCAAAACCUACGUCAUCCUGUUUCACCCGGAGCAGAACGUGCAGAAGCGGAAACGGAGCCUCAAGACAACCUCCACAGUGGCAGCCCCACCCAAGGGCGAAGGCACAGAGGCCCCCAAGUAGCAAGUAAGGAAUGAAUGGGACAAUUGCUCCCCGUCCUCUGUUCUUUUCUUUCCCUUGCUUCAUGGUGGAAGCUGUGAAAAGCCCAGAUCUGCAGUGAGCAAUCAGGGUGGGGAGUCCACAAAGGCCACGGCCACCAAGAUGGAGCUGACCUGGACCCACAGGACACCUUUUUCUGUUUUUCUGUGCAUGAUGGCAUCAUACUUCCUCACUGCAGACCAGACUUUCUACUCAUGGUGGGAAACAGCCACUGAGAGAACCCUACUCUGGAGAGGGACUAAACUUAUACUCACUGAUUUGAAGUUCAGAGAUCAUGAUGAAGCCCUGGGCUUGGCCCAGUGUGAGUGGAUUUCCACCCCUUGAUCAACCACCAGAAUUUGGGGAUUGGGCAGCAUGUGAGAAUAUGUAGACCCCAGAAUGAAAUUCAGGGUUGGAGUCAGGGAGGAGCAGUUUCCACAAGAGCUCUGUGGGUCUGUAUUUUGGACUAACUUGGGCUUGGGUAAAUAUUUUGCUGGUACAGAGGGAUCGAGCCUUGGAUGAGAGCCCUGUGAGAGAAGAUGGGCCUGCACAGGACAGGGGAAUGAGCAGAGGGAACUGGCGUGCUCCCAUGAGAUUAUUUGUGGCAGGGUCUUUUCCUCGAGGUCUUUUCUCCUGGGAUCUGGGGGAUGUCACACUUAGAGAACUGCUUUUUUUUCCUUUCCCAUGUGUAUUCCCUUAAAUGAACCCUGAACUUUAAGAAAAUCAGAUACACUUGUGUGGUGGUAGGGGUGUGAGAAUAAACUAGCAAGGGUGGUGUUUGCCCUCCUCUGAUGCCUGUAAGGGACGGUGUUCACAAGUUCUAGGUUGGGACCAGUGACAGAGAGAGUUGUGUCCAUGGCGAAGAUUAAUUCCAAGUGGAAAACUUAGGAUGAACAUCAAAACUGUUCUCUUCCAAUAUUUCCUGGGGAGAUCCCCUUCGAAAGGCAAGCAUGAGGCAUGGGAAGGAAGAUGCUUGGACUUCAAAUGCAUUUUUCAUUAAUCUUUUUUUAACAAGAAGUUCAGUUUAAGUUAAUGGAAUUUUAUUUCCCUGGGGUAGAAUUUAAAUUUGUUAAAUUGACUUUUUUUAUUUAUCAGUAUGAAUUCUCUAGUAUCUAAUGUCUGGAACUGAUUCUGAAGAUCAACAACACUUCAUACAACAUGGAGACUCUUCCUUAGACAGAGUCUCUGCAUAAUCCAUUUUGACCUUGGGACUAGGUGUUUCUGCAUUCUUUAAUAGGGCUUCUCCUCAGAAUAACAUUUUUGGUGUACAGAUUCUCCUUCCUCACAUUUGUUGCAUUCCUAGGAAUUCUCCACAGUGUGAGCUAUGACAUUUCAUAUAUUGCUGGAUGCUUACCAAAAUUCAUUAUUUCAUACAGGUUAGCUCCUGUGUGGGUUUCCUGAUGUACAAUGAGGUGUGUUUUCUUACUGAUGGUUUUUCCACAUUAGUGCUUUGAUAGGGUUUUUCUCCUAUAUUAACUCUUAGAGAACAAUGAGCUCUGAUCUCCGAAUGAAGGUUUUCCUGUAUUUAUUAUUUUCUUGGUGUUUCUCUUGGUAUGAAUUCUCUGAUGUGCCGUGAGUCUUGACUUCUAGUUGAAAACUUUUCCACAGUUUUACAUUUUUGUGGUUUUACCCACUCUGAACUCUGUGACUUAGAUUUUGGAUGAUUUCUUAGUAAAAGCUUUUCCACAUUUAGAGGUUUUCUCCCCAUGUGAAGUUUCAGACUUAGAGUCCUGGUUUCCCGCUGAAGACUUUCAUAUACUCCCCACAUUCAUUCAGACUGGUCUCUCUGAUGUGGAUUCUUUGAUGCACAGUGAGUUCUGUCGUCUUCUUCUGGGCCUUCUCACAUUCAGUCCACUUGUAGAAGAUGCAUGCACCAUUUUGUGUGCAGUGGGGGCAUCCUCUAUUGCUAAAGGCAUUGUCAUAUUUAGUACAUUUGUGAGAUUUCUCUCCUUUCUGAAUUCUCUAAUGUGUACAAAAAGUCCUGACUCUUGGAAGAGGGCUUUUCCACAUUCAGUGUGUACAUAAUGUCUCUACCUUGGAUCAUUUCUUUGAUGUUCAGUGGGGGUUGACAAAUCCUUGAAGGUUUUUCCAUGCUCUUUGCAUGCAUAGUUUGCCUUCUCCGAUGUCCAAUCAAUCAAUUUGAACCCCUGAAAAAAGUUUUUCCCCCAAAUUUGUGGAAUUUAUAAGGCAUUCUGCCUAUGUGUUUCAUUUUCUGUUGAAUAAGAGCCAGGCUAUACCUAUAGGCUUUCUCACAUUCAUUGUCCUUGAAUGAUUUCUCACCAGUAUGGAUUAUAUAUUCCAGUGAAAACGGGGUUCUGGUUGGAGGCUUUUCCACAUUACAGUCACAGUAUUUCUCUCCAGUGUGAGUUCUCUAAAGCAGAGUAAGAUUACAUUUUGUUAUAAGCUUUUAUUCACCAUGUUCAAUGUGUUGAGACUUGUACAGGAGGGAUUUUUUUAUAUUACUUAUAUUCUUAUGCAUUUUGUCUAGUUUGGUUUUUAGUGGACACAUUUAUAACAUUUAUUACAACUUUGUCACAUUUAUUACAU